AUGAAAUCCACCCCCAAACACCGAAGUCCGAAGUUUGGCGGCUUCGAGAGCCCGGCAAAACCCCUAAAGCCCCCGCUCGCUCAGAGGGAAGCCUCGAGUCCCCGCCCGGCCGGUCCCCUCCGGGAAAGGAGACGCUCCCCGGCGGCUUCUCUCGCCCCCGGCCACUCGGCGCCGCCAAGGCCUUACCGGCACCUCCGGGCAGCCCCGCCGGGCCUCGGUCCCGCGCCCCCACCCCCCACCCGCUCCGGUCUCCCCUUCCGUCCCCUCCCUCCACCAGCCGAGGGCGGGAGCCGAGCCGCCGCCGCCUUUACCUCCUCCUCAUGCGGGCGGAAGGUGCAUCGAGCGCCCGGGCCUCUGUCAGGUGGUUGCGCCGCCGCCCCUCUCCGGGCUGCACACAAAGCGGCUCCGCCGGUCCCGCCGCCGCCGCCGCCGCCCGCCCCGGAGCGGCGCUGGGGCUGGCGGUGCCGAGGAGGAGCAGUCGCCGCGGGGGGAGACGCGGGGCGAGUGAGCGCUGGGCGGGGAGACACUGCCGCUCUCCGUCUGGCCGAGGAAGAGCAGCCUCGGAAAAGGCUCCUCCGGGAGCGUGUGCUCGUGUGUUCGCCCCGGAACCCCGGGCCCGCCAGCCGGCACCUCGCGCCGGCCGGGUCCGCCAACCCGGACCCGGACGCCCCUCGCAGCGGCGCGCGCCCGGCAGUCCGUGCUCCGGGCAGCCGGCGCUUCUCGCACCCACCGGUCGGUCACGCGAGCGGUGCGGGAGCACGCGAGAGAAGGGCGCGCGCCUCGCUCCCGCCCCUUCCUCCGCAGGCCGUGCCUCCGCCUCCCUCGGGCCUGAGGCGGUGGCGCGCGGGGCAGACAGCGCCGCCACCCGGUUGGCGCCAAGACCUGCCUCGGCGAACGCCUCCGGGAGGACUAGACCCAAAAGGCGAGCGGAGGAGGAGCCCGGCUGGAGGUGGGUCGAAAAAGAUCUUGUGGGCCGGGGCGGCUGACGAGCGCUGGGUGCGCGGAGCUGCCGCGGGACGUCUCUUGCAGGCUCAGCCGGUGGAGAGUCUUGGCAAGCAGCCACAAGGGCUAGAUCCCAGGGAUGAGAAUAUCCAGGGGAGAUGUGAGCCCGCUGGGGCUCCCGCCCACCUGUCGCUGAACGCCCCCAGCCCUGGGCCCAGCAUGCGCCUGUCAGUGCAGAGGGCACUGGUGCUGGUGGUCCAGCUGGGGCAGCAGGUGCUGGAGUGCCGGGCGGUGCUAGGGGGCCCCCAGAGGGCCAUGUGACUGGAGCAGGAGGACCUCGUGAUGGUGGGCACGGACCACGUGGAGUACCUCUACGGCAAGGCCAUGCCGCUCAUCUUCGCGGGGAGCGAGCCCCGGAGUGGCACAAUGCUCACGCGUGUGAUGCUGGAGGCCCACCCCGAGCUGCGCUGCGGGGAGACCCGCAUCAUCCCCCGAGUGCUGGCCACCCAGGCCUGGUCCAAGUCGGGCCGGGAGAAGCUGCCGCUGGACGAGGCGGGUGUGACAGGCGAGUGCUGGACGUCGGCCUUCGUCUUGGGGGUGAUCGCCAAGCAUGGAGAGCCAGCCCGCCUCUGUAACAAAGACCCCUUCACGCUCAAGUCCUCCGUCUACCUGUCGCGCCUGUUCCCCAACUCCAAGUUCCUGCUGAUGGUGCGGGACGGCCGGGCCUCCAUGCACUCCAUGAUCACCCGCAAGGUCACUGUCGCUGGCUUCGACCUCAGCAGCUACCGCGACUGCCUCAACAAGGGGAACAAGGCCAUUGAGGUGAUGUACGCCCAGUGCAUGGAGGUGGGCAAGGACAAGUGCCUGCCCGUGUACUACAAGCAGCUGGUGCUGCACCCCCAGCACUCCCUCAAACUCAUCCUUGACUUCCUCGGCAUCACCUGGAGCGACGCUAUCCUGCACCAUGAGGACCUCAUAGGCAAGCCUGGCGGUGUCUCCCUGUUCAAGAUCGAGGGAUCCACAGACCAGGUCAUCAAGCCCAUGAACCUGGAAGCUCUCUCCAAGUGGACUGGCCACAUCGCUGGGGAUGUGUUUAGGGACAUGGCUCAGAUCGCCCCCAUGCUGGCUCAGCCCGUCUAUGACUCCUAUGCAAACCCACCCAACUACGGCAGGCCUGACUCCAUAAUCAUCAACAACACACACCGGGUCUUGAAAGGGGAUGUUAAAACACCAGCCAAUUUGAAAGGCUAUCUUCAGGCGAACCAGAAUAGCACCUCUUCCCGCCUAGGAAGCUCAUGAUUUCCAGGUCUUUGCAAAUGGCUUUGUUGCCAGAAGAGAAGAAACUUUGCAUUCGAGUGGAAAUUGGACCUCUAAUCCAAGCAUAUUGCUUGCUAUUAAUCACCAAAACAGAACUGCUCACGAGGAAUGUAUUUGUAUAUG